AUGACAGAUAUCCCCAGCCCCACCUCCACACUGCCACCACCAAACGAAGAUGAAGACCCAGAGUUAUUGUACGAGCUGAAAGAGCAGCUUUUGCUGCUGACCACUCUGGUGGCGACGGUGACGUACGUCACCGGGCUCAACCUGCCCGGGGGAGCCUGGCAGACGCAGCAGGCGGACGGGCACCUCGCCGGCGACCCCAUCCUCCGGGACAUCCACUACCGCCGAUACCUCGCCUUCUACUACUGUAACGGCACGGCGCUUGCCUCGUCGGUCGUGGUCUGCCUCAUCCUCGUCAUGCUGCGGAGGAAGAGACCUGUCUGGACGCUGGUGCUGCGGGUGGUCAUGGUGCUCGACCUACUUGGCCUCAUGGGUUCCUACGCAGCCGGGACCUGCCAUGACACCUUCGCCACCAUCUGGGCCGUGGCGCUGGCUUUCCCCGUCUUGGCCUAUAUCACGUUUGCUUUUGUCACCAGCCACCGCCGCGGCGGCGACCCCAGUACCAACACCAGAACCACAGCCACAGGCCGGCACGAAGAGAAGGAGAAGAUCGAGGUGCUGAUGCUGCUGGCGACCUUCGCCGUCACCAUCUCAUACGCCGCCGGGCUGAACCCGCCAGGCGGCUUCUGGACCAGCACCCUGCAGAAGGAUGGCCGCCUUCUUCACCUCGCCGGCGACCCGAUCAUGGAAGAUAGCGCGCUCCGCAGGUACCGGGCCUUCUUCGUCUGCAACACGACGGCGUUCGUCGCCUCCUUGUUCAUCAUCCCGCUCCUCCUGGACAAGAAAUUGAGCAGCAAAAUCUCAGCGCGGUUUCUGGCGGUCUACGGCUUCAUCGCCGUGGCCCUCCUGGGCCUCAUGGGGGCCUAUGCUGCUGGAAGCUGCAGGAAAACUGACAGUACCGUCAAGGUCAUCUUCUUGGCUGCUGCGGUUCCGGCUUGCGUAGGCCUUCAGCUGGCACUUAGUUAUGCCUUCAAUGUGAAACCAAUCGAGGUCAUGCGUGCUUCGUUCUCCGGAUGGUUGCACUACUUAAGAGGCACUGGCGGUCCUGCAGGUGCAGGUGAUGAGGAAUUGGGGAUAAGAUGCUUAUCUUUAUGUCAAGAUGCCAGUGCACUUGAGGACCCAGACCUGAAAAACACUCGCUAUUUUGUUAUGGUACUUGCUAGCUUCGCGGUGAGCAUCACUUACCAAGCAGGACUGGAUCCACCAGGCGGCCUAUGGCAAGACAAACUGGAUGGCCAUAAGAUUGGCCAGCCAGUGCUACGAACGACACACCCUACUCGUUACCAGGUGUUCUUCUACAGCAACUCAGCAGCUUUUGUGACAUCUCUGGUGGUUGUCAUGAUGGUCCAGAGCAAGUUUCUUCUCAAGCGCCGCACGUUGGUGGCAGCCAUGGUGCUGGACCUGCUCGGCCUCGUCAUCGCCUAUGCUGCUGGGUGCACCAGGGAUACCAGCACAUCCAUCUAUGUUGUCGCGGUGGCUUGCCUUGUCCUCUCCUACGCCGUCGUCCAUAUCUCGUUAGGAGGAGAGAGGGAGAACAUGGUUACUAGACCUGUUCAUGAUCCUGAUCCUGCAAUGGUUGCUCCUGAUCCUGCAAUGGUUGCUCCUGCUCCUGCUACUCCUGCUCCUGCUCCUGCUCUUCAUGUAGGAGGAGGAGGAGGAGGACCACGUCGACCACAGCGAACACCACGAAGCAAGGAGCAGCUAGAUGACAAGCGCCAGGUGUUGUUGUUAAUCGCCAUCUUAGCGGCGGCACUUACCUACCAAGCCGGGCUCACCCCGCCGGGUGGCUUCUGGCAAGUGGACGAUGAGAAGCUUGGACACCGCGCGGGCUACCCGGUCCUCCUCGACAACUACCCGCGUCGCUACAAGGCCUUCUUCUACUGCAACGCGGCGAGCUUCAUGUCGUCGGUGGCUCUCAUCCUCCUCCUCGUCAACCGCAAGCUGUACAGGCCGGGAAUACGGUGCUACGCGCUCCACGUGUGCAUGGCGGUGGGCAUGUUCGCGCUCAUGGGAGCCUACGCUGCCGGGAGCUCACGACAUCUCAAGACCUCCAUCUAUGUGUUGACGCUGGUGGCGGUGGUGUCGGCCUCCAUACCCCUGCAGGUAGCCAUCUUCUGGUACUUCGGCAACUGCAUGGACAACCGUCAGGAUCCACCUAGAAUAAGACGACGACGAGCACGUGGACAAGAUGACCCUGAUAAAGAGAAAGACGAGGAACUUGAGUACCUGAUGCUGCUAGCAGUCCUGGCUGCGAGUGUGACGUACCAGAACGGCCUGAGGCCAGCGGGCGGCAUGUGGCAGGAGGACAACGCCGCCUACUCCGCGGGCAACCCCAUCCUACGCGACAUCAACAAGCGUCGGUACGAUAUCUUCCUGUACAGCAACUCCACCUCGUUCAUGGCUUCCGUCGUCGCCAUCGUCAUGCUGCUGCCAUUGACGCUGAGCGACGACGUCAGAUGGCUACAACGUUGCUUGCCAUUCCACAGGGUGGACCUCAAGUGGUCGCUCUGGCCGGUCCACACUGCCAUUUUGCUGGACAUGCUCGGCCUACUUGUGGCCUACGCGGCAGGAAGUACCAAGAAGUGGGAGUCAUCCAGAAAUGUGAUAUUACUCGUCCUCCCCGUCCUAGCCUACAUUGCGCUCUACGCAAUGGCGGCGGCGAUAUACAUAUACAUCCGCCGUGGAUCCUCCCAGUCACAGUCACCGAGCAGGCAAGCAGGCCAACAAGCAACCAGCGUCGAGUCUUCGUCUUAGAUAUCUUAUGUAUUAGCCCUUUCAUUUCAGUUUAAAGUUCUAGGUU